AUGGCAUCACAAGAGCAAUUCAAAAAGCCCGAUGCCAAAUCUUUCAGAGACUUCUGGGAGAAAGACCGCCAAGUGCCAGGCCUUACUGACAGAUUGAUUCAGACGCUUCGAUCUGCAUCUGCCGUGAGGAAGAAAGAGACCGUCGACCAUAACAGCCUGAAUGCGAUUAUCAACGACAUCAUCAAAUUUCUUUACCACGAAAACAGUGAAAUUGAUAGCUGUGUUCGUUGGGCGAUUCUCCACCGGGCUGUCCAAGUGGAGAUCGAAAAAGGGGAGACUCCCCAGGACAACGCACCGGCCCUACUAGUCGGCGCCAUAGCAGAUGAAGAAAAGUACCUGGCUUUCGAGACCUUGAACCCUAUGAGUUCCGCCCUCCGGCAGGAAUGCAAGAGACGACUGGACUCGAAGUCACAUAGUCCGGAUCACUCUCAGUUUGGAAAGGAUCUAAAGAAGAGCCCGUUCUUCGAGGCCUUGGCCAAUUUGGAAGAACCGGACAGUUCUAGCAAUCCAGCUGCUUUCGAAGCCAUGGUUAGCAGGUUGGAAACGUAUUGCAAAGAGCAGAUCCAGGUCCUUCCGAACAAACGACGAGGUCUUCUUCAAAUAACGUCUCAAGACGCCAACUCCAACCCACAGAACAACUCCGAUACUGCGCUUGGGCUUUUGUUGAACGUUCUGCGCAGACCAUGCAGCUUCGGCGGCAAGAAGUUCACUGCUCUCUACCUUGCCAGUCAGGAUGAGGUUGAAAGGACUGGGGAUUUAGGGAUUCUCAAGGUGCUUCUAAAAUACCCUGGAAUCACCGAUCUGCCCUCCGACACGACGUUCGAUGACGCCAUGCAGGGUGGCAAAGUCAAGGUUAUAAAGGCGAUGCUCAGUGUAGAGGAACUGCGGGGCAGGUUUGUGACGAGCGAGAACAUCACCAAGGCCAUGGACAACAUCGUUUUGGACGGCGAUUCGGACAUUAAGGACCGGAUGGAGAAGGUCCUCAAUGAGCUGCUCUUGCACUCUAACAACCUACCGAAAGCUCGCAGCGUGUUCGACGACCAGGUGGCCCAGAAGAUCAUUGAAAGGAACCUCGUGGAGGCAUGGGACAAACGGCCCGAAAGCGCCAAAUUGAACGAUCAAUGCCUUCUACACAUCGCGGUAUACCAUCAACGUGUCAACUUCGUUGAGCGCUUUCUCAAAGAUUACCCUGCUUCGGUGUCUUGCAAAGCCCUGGUUCCCGGUACAGGACCGCCGAAGCAGCCCAUUAACAAGAACAGCAGUGACAAGACCGGUGCCGAACAGCGUCAGCCAGAAGGAUAUUACCCACUGUGGUAUAAUCGCAAGGAAUGGGAUGGGAUGAGGUGGGUAGACCGCACGUCUGAUCCGAACGAAAGUUCCUUCAUCCGCCAGUUGCUCGCCCCAGCAACUAUUCGACAAGUGGAGAAGAUGCAACGUCUAUUGGGCAUAUUUCGCGAAGCCGAAGUGGACGAGCUCUGCUUUGAGAUAUCUCAGUUCAACUCCAAAUUAUAUCGGGUCUCUGAGUUUAUCCAUUCUCUCAUUAACCACCAAGAGAAUGCGGGCCUUCUCUGGUACGAGCCUACUAUCAAAUACGCUCGUUUCCCACCCUUGGAUGUCCACAUCGAUGACAAGGAGGUGUUUGGUAUGGGAGCCCAGGAAGAGCACACAGAAGUCUUUGACAUCUUACAGUGGCUUAAGCAAGAGAAACGGGUCAAAUCCAUCAUCGAACUUAAGGUCCCCGAUCGGCUCGUCAACCCGCAUAACGAGCUGCUCAUUGCCAAGUAUGUUGAUGACUUUGCCAUCGAGGUCCUGAACUGGAGGUUCCUCGACUUGUCACUCUCCGUUUUCUCGGCCGACACCGUCAAGCCCAGAAUCCGGGAGCUCCACCUGUAUUCGAGCGGGAAACGGGCCGCGAUAAGCCACUGGUUCAGUGACGAAGGGCUAAUCACCUUUCCAAAUGCAAAUUAUAUCCAAAAGAAGUUGGCCGACUUCGAGAUCCGAUGGAGGCAGAGGAGGGAAAUGCAGGAGACGAGACUCAAAAAGCCAAGGGAAAGCGGCAUCAAGUUCCUGCUCAACAAGGAUUGCAAGUCCCAGCUGUGGAAUCCCACACAUGAGAGACUAACAAGUCUGGACGAACUAGUACAGAGGGCUUUCCCGAGGAUAUCCGGCUUCGUUAGAAACUACCGCAACUACGUUAGUUCCAUACCGCACGUCGACAGCAGGGACCCGGACCCUGACCCGGGUGCUGGUGGCUCGAAAACCUACCAGAAGAAGCGCAAAUUCAGGCCUACAAAGGUGGCAAUCAUUGAUAACGGAAUUCUGAGCAUCUCUCCAGUCUCCAUCGAAACAUCCCUCGGCUCAAGCGCUGUCAAGAGAUUGGGCAAGAACAAGACCUCCACAAAAGGGGCGACUGCUCCCUCAUUGUCGUUGCGUACAGACACUGUUGCACCGUCGCUAUACCAGAAAAAUGAAGUCAUAGCUACCCCGACAAGCCCGCCAAAUGGCGCAGUCAAUGGCGGCGGUGGCUCGAUGCACAAGGCCGGGAUGAUGUCCAGUGGCAAAACUGGCGCGAGGAAUACCGUUGCUGCUGCCCAUCGUGGGACCGAGGACGAAGACUGCCGGGCCACAAAGGGUCGCAUCCCCAUGGAGCGCCAUGGAACGCUCUGGUCACGGAUCAAGGAGGGUAAGUCGUUCGUGGAUGACGACUCCCGCGUCAGUCCGUGGCUCUUUGCCUCGGACGCUCAUGGAACCCAGAUGGCCAAUCUCAUCUGCUCCAUCGACCCGGCCUGCGAGCUAUAUGUGGCCAAGGUUACCGAUGGGAACAAUUUUGGAAUCAGUCCCGAGAGGGUGAUCAGAGCCAUCGAGUGGGCCAUCUCCAAGGGUGUCGACAUCAUCUCGAUGAGCUUCACUAUGUUCGAGGACAGGCCUGCGCUGGGCGACGUUAUCGAGCUUGCCAAGAAGCGGGGUAUUGUAAUGAUGUGCAGCAACCACGAUGAGGGCGCCAACUCCAAGAUCUCGUACCUAGCCAAACGCCGCGAUCAUACUUGGGUCGUAACGGCGUGCGAUGAAUACGGCUUUACACCGCGCGACAGAGACCCGCCGACGGGGUGCGACCGCUAUAUGUUCCAGGGCUUCAACGUAGCAGCUGGCGUGAUUCCCUUCCUUGAGUCCAACGAUCGCAUCUCGGGCAGCUCAGUGGCCACGGCAAUCGCGUCCGGCAUCAGCUCGCUGAUUAUCUCGUGUGCGCGUCUCAACACAUGUGACCCGGACAACGACUGGCACGGCGAAAGCUGCCCGGGGCCUUGUGCACGCCUGGACGGGUGCAACCCGGCCCGAAACUCGCACGAUAUGAGGUGCCCAAUAUUCCGCCGCAGCGUCUGUGUGGCUCGUACCCAGGACUGCGAAGGUGAGAAUCGCCGUCACAUCGUUGCACACUUCCUCAAAAGCAUGGUGUCGGAGCAGAGGAAGGAUGAGGGCUACGUGCUACUGGAGAAAUUUGGCGGGAUAGACAACAAGGUAAAGGAGGGCGAAGAUAUCUAUGUUGAUGGGAUCUUGGAGACCUGGUUCUCCCCCGCGAAGCUCAAGGAAGCCGUCUCCGGUCAAAACAAGGGAUCUUAG